CUUAGCUAUUGCCCCUGAAAAACAGAAGAGGUGACUAAAUCUCUCUUAGGCAUUCCUUUUCCAUUUGGUUUUUAAAGAGCCUUCUAAAUUCAGGGGGCCUUUUUUAUCCAGUUAUGAAACCUUUCCUCGUACUAGCACUUUGCUGUAGUUUUUUGUCUAGCAGAGCCACCCCUCUUCCAUUUGAGUUCUUGGACUGUGAUGACCCUGAUGUCUUUAAAGCUGUUGACGCAGCACUGAAGGAAUACAAUGGAGACAGAGCAAGCGGUAAUCAAUUUGCUCUAUACACAGUGGUGGAAGCCAAGAGAACUGUAGGUCCUGUCACACAAUUCCAUGUGAAAUAUCGAAUACGAGAAACCACUUGUGCCACUGAGGAAAACAAACUCUGGCAAGACUGUGAUUACAAAGCGUCAGCAGAGGCUCAAACAGGAGAAUGCAUAGCUCAAGUUCACCUGAAUGAUGCUGAAAAAACAAGUAAUGUUUCCCAAGACUGCAAAAUUUCUCCAGCUAUACCCAAGGUAACACUUACUGAGGCUACAUGUCUUGGAUGCUUCCAUCCUAUAUCAAGUGACAGUUCAGAAGUGUCAGAAAUCCUGAAACAAGCCAUUCAAAAGUUUAACAGGCACAGUGCUGAAUCAGCCCUUUUCAAGCUUGUGGAAAUCAAAGAAGCUACAAGACAGGUGGUAGCUGGAUGGAAUUACAUAAUUAAAUAUGAAGUUGAGGAGACGAAUUGCUCCAAAGACCAAUUCCAAGAUCUAACUCCAGAGUGCAAAACCACUUCUAGAGGUCAUAUAGGUAAAUGUGAUGCCAAAGCAUAUGUAAAUCCUCAAGGACAGAUCGUAGAUAUUGCAAGCCAAUGCAAGCUUCCAGUUGAAAAGACAGUAAAUCCUGACAUUCGCACUGGUUGUACAAAGACCAUUCCGACAGACAGUCCAGAACUGAAGGAACUCCUGAAGCUUUCUAUGGAGAAGUACAAUUCGGAAAGCAAUGAUGACCACUACUAUAAAAGUGGAGACAUAGAAACAGCAGCAGUUCAGGUGGUCUCAGGAAAAAUCUACCAUUUAGAAUUUGCAGUCCGGAAGACAAACUGCUCAAAGAAAGAGUUUGAAAAACUUCAUGAAGACUGUGAAUUCACAUCAGACAGCGCACCAUUGCCAUGUGAAGCACAAAUUCACGUGAUCCCAUGGGAGAAUAAAAUCCUUCCCCAGGUUAACUGCUCUAUAGAACGAUCAGCGGCUGUACUUCUAAGAAGGCCUCCUGGAUUCACACCUUUCCGAAGCUUUGUUGCGCUAGGCCAGCCAAACGAAAAUUCAUGCUCUGAUCAAAAUGAAAAAGAAAUGCAAAGGCCUGGUGAAGAAACGGGAAAAGAUGGUGGACAGGAACCAGAAGGUGAAGGGGAACCUGAGCAUAAACAUGGGCAUAAACAUGAGCAUAAACAUGGGCAUAAACACGAGCAUAAACACGAGCAUAAACAUGAAAAGGAUCAUAAGCCUGACAGAAGGCAUAGGCAUGAAAUCGGUUGUGGGCACAAAACUGGCCACAAGUGUGGGCAUAAAAAACACAGCAAAAAUGGUAAACAUCCAAACCCCGAAUCUUCUGAGGAGUCUGAUGAAAGGGUUUUGAACCAAGAUGAAACCUCCCCAUCAUCCACUGAUGAGACAGCAUCACCAGAGGCUGCUGUAAAGAAAACCAGUUCACCCGCAGAACCACUAAUUCUUCCUGAUACUUCUUUCUCUAAUGGGUCACCAGAUCAUCCAGAAUCUCCUCUCCCCAAAUGUCCUGGAAAACCAUGGAAACAAAUUAUGGACCUUCCAGCUCCUGACAGCUUUCCCAGAGAAUUCACAGAUGAGGAUCUCUUGGUUUUCUCAUUAAAAAACAACGAUCCAGCAACAGAAAGCUCAACACCUCCCCAAACCAAAGAUCUUGAUCUCUCAGAUGCUUUACUAUAAUUCAAACACUGUAGGAUCCUUGUCAGAAAUUAAAUAUAGAAAAAUAAUAAAAAUACUACCUUUUGAAAUGUAUAAAAUGGGAAGAGGCAACAGCUCCUAUCCAGUUAGCUAAGGUACUCAAGUAGGUCACCAGCACUUCUGAGGACUUAAGAUCAUAAGGCAAUACUCUGUAUUUGCAUAUAUUUGCAAAGAUGUUAAUCAGGCAAUGGCACCGAUGAUUCAGAACCAGCCUAGUAAAGGGACCAGGCAAGUCAAUAGACUUCUGCUGCACAAGUUAAAAUUUUAUCUCAUGUGCCUCAAGUUGCUGUAAGAACAAAGUGAAUCACUGCAUCAAAUCUCACUCUAUUAUGCUUUAAAAAAAAAAGCACAAAGAAUUUCACAGAUUACACGAUGAAUCUCAGCCAAAUAUGGGUGAAACAAAAGGAAGCAAAUAUAGAGCAAGGAUUCCUUUCUUAGAUAUCUGAAAUAAUAUUUCUCUAAUUUACUGGAGUGAAUCUUUCAGAGAACAAAACCAGUCAGUUUCUUUAAACAAAUGAGUAUUACCACCAGUCUAUCACUGCCGGGCUGUUCUGGUGAAUGAGAUAACAGGGACAACUGAGUGAAUCCUAAAUAAAGCAGCUUUAUUAUUUCCUAUUAAUAUUAUGUUAGCUACACGGUAAAAGUGGAUGGUUGACAGAUGUUCACAUGGCAGAAGUGCACAAAUAUUACAGAUCAGAUGACAAAAUUGCAAACACUUGAGUUACCUAGAAUUCAUCUGCAUUCUCCUAUUGCUAAAUUGCGUGUAGAGAGACAGGACAGAAUUUUCUACUCUGGGUAUCUAUCAAAUGUUGAGGUUUUGGUGGGAUACUUUAGCUAAAAAGCACAAAAUCUUUCUUGCAAAUUAAAAUGUUUUCCCACUGUAUGGAUCUAAUAAGUCAUUCAGCUGAAAAAACACCCAGCAAUAAAUAAAUAUUGUAAUGCCAGAUCA